GGAAAAAGGAACGAAAAAGGGUUGCUGCCUUCUCUUCUUCAAUUUCAUCUUCCUUCCGUUAGUUUUACCCAGUGAACACAGCCUUUCGCUACUAUCCACCUCUGUUUUCUUCCAUUAAAACACACCAAAACAACCCUUUCUUCCACCAAAACCUCCAAAACUCAGCUGAAAAUAACCCCCAAAACCACCAAAAAUCAGCUCCUUUCUUCCACCAGAAAAUACCUCAAACCAGCUGAAAUCUCACCCCAAAAGUGCAGCAAAAAUAGCCACCAAACAGUCCCAAAAAACAGCCCAAAAGAAGCUCCAAAACCAGCAAAAAACAGCCACCAAUUCACCGAUUUUGCAAGGUCGCAAGUCGCGAUUUUCCGUCGAGGUUCCGUCGCCGGUUUGAAGUGCCAAUCAGUAGCUUGUUUGAGUGUUUCUGUUUCUUUUGGUGCACGCUCCUUUCCAUACGAAGCAAAUUCAGCAACAAAGGAAAAGGAAAUGUCUUCGCUUACAAUAUGGAGCUAACAUGGGUUUAUUCAUAAACUAAAUUGGAGAAGCUAUCAUGGCAAUUCUUGAAUAAGUAUCUGAAUAACAUAUAAUGGCUAGUUUCUGAAAUUUCUGCACUGCCCAUUUGAAGGUAUGCUGAAAAGGCCGAAACUUUUGAUUCACAUACGUGAAGAGCUAGGAACUCUGUAUAAGAACCCUUCUUUUGCAUUUUGUACUAGUAUGACUGAUGACAAGUGUGGUAACACUAAAGGCAGUGGUGGGUCGGAGUCCGAGAAUGAAUGGGAAAUAUUGCUUAAGCCUUUUAACCUCAAGCAACUCCGAAGAUCACUUAAUAAAAUUACCCCGUAUCAGCUCAAUAAAUUAUUGGCACUGCCUUUGGAUGUACCAACAUCGAUGAAGCUAUUCCAGUGGGCCGGUAGCCAGACGAGCUACUGCCACUCAUUUGAUGUCUACUAUACUUUGAUUGACAAACUUGGGGCUGCCAAGGAAUUUAAGAUUAUAGAUAGAUUGUUAUUACAGAUGAAAGAUGAAGGGGUAGUUUUCAAAGAGUCCCUCUUUAUUGUGAUAAUGAAGCAUUAUGGAAGAGCUGGUUUACCAGGGCAGGCAACUAGAAUACUAUUGGAUAUGUGGAAUACUUUCUCUUGUGAACCCACAUUUAAGUCAUACAAUCAAGUAUUGGAUAUUCUGUUGGCUGAAAAUUGUCCAAAAGUUGCUCCGAAUGUGUUUUAUGAAAUGUUAGGGAAAGGUAUUUCUCCUUCUGUAUUCACUUUUUCUCGAGUGAUACAAGCAUUAUGUAUAGUCAAUGAGGUAGACUCUGCUUGUUCACUUCUUAGAGACAUGACAAAACAUGGGUGUGUACCAAAUUCAGUGAUUUACCAGAUUCUUAUUCGUGCACUUUCAAAGUCUGAUAGGGUAAAUGAUGCAUUGAAACUUUUGGAGGAGAUGUUUCUUAUGGGUUGCAUACCCGACAUCAAUACUUUCAAUGAUAUUAUCCAUGGGCUUUGUCGAGCUGAUAGGAUUCAUGAGGCUGCAAAACUGGUGGAUCGGAUGCUUCUCCGAGGUUUCACCCCCGAUGCUAUAACUUAUGGCUUUCUGAUGCAUGCUUUAUGUCGAACAGGGCGAGUUGAUGAAGCAAGGGUUCUUCUCAACAAAGCACCUGAACAGAAUAAUAUCAUCUUUAAUAUGUUGAUUAAUGGCUAUGUGACUAAUGGGCGGUUUGAUGAAGCAAAAACCAUUCUGAAUGAGCACAUGUUGAUUAAAGGUUAUCAACCAGAUGUUUAUACAUACAACAUUCUGAUUCGAGGUCUUUGCAAGAAGGGAUCUUUGUCUUCGGCUCAUGAAGUUGUAAAAGAAAUGUCAUCCAAAGGUUGCCAGCCCAAUGUGAUCACGUACGCAACCUUGAUUGAUGGCUUCUCCAAGGCUGGCCGUCUACAGGAAGCUUAUGACCUUGUUACUGAGAUGUCAGCAAAAGGUCUCAGCCUAAAUAUAGUGGGUUUUAACUCUCUUAUAUCAGCUUUGUGUAAACAAGGAAUGAUUCAACAGGCAUUAGAAAUUUUUGGUGAUAUGUCAAGCAAAGGAUGUAAACCAGACAUUUUCACAUUCAAUGCUUUGAUUUCAGGUUUUUGCAAGGUAGACAUGAUGGGUGAAGCAUUGGGGUUGUAUAGAGAUAUGUUCCUUGAGGGAGUUAUUGCCAAUACAGUUACCUACAACACAUUGAUUCAUGCUUUCUUGAGGAAAGGUAAAACCCAAGAGGCGCUUAAGCUUGUGAAUGAUAUGUUAUUCAGAGGAUGUCCCCUUGAUGAAAUCACAUACAAUGGCCUCGUAAAAGCACUUUGCAAUGAUGGAGCAAUUGAGAGAGCAGUUGGACUUUUUGAAGAAAUGCUGACAAAGGGAAUAAAACCUAAUCAUGUAACAUGCAACAUCUUGGUCAACGGCUUUUGUAGAAUAGGGAAGGUUCAAAAUGCCCUUGAGUUUCUGAGAGACAUGGUACAUCGUGGAUUGACACCUGAUAUAGUCACGUAUAACAGUCUAAUAAAUGGCUUUUGUAACAAUGGUCGAAUUCGAGAAGCUCACAACCUCUUCGAAAAAUUAGAAGUUGAAGGAGUUUGUGCUGAUACUUUCACUUAUAACACCUUGAUUUCUUCCUUUUGUAAAAUGCACAUGCUUGAUGAUGCUUAUACCCUGCUUACUAGAGGCAUAGCUGUUGGUUUCAUUCCCAAUAAUGUCACAUGGUACAUACUCGUGAGAAAUUUUGUUCGAAAGAGUUAUGAGUCAGUAACGAGUUAGGUUUGUCAAUAUGAGCAAGAAUCGACAGGUGGCUAGGCAUCUCUAAUACUGGUGCUGAAAUAAACAGUCACCAGAAUAUCCCCAGACAGUGCAUUUCUGUAUUACUUUCUGCAGGAUGGAGGUGUAUUAUGCAUAAAGUUUGACUUCAUUUUUGCUGUGUUGUGCACUUCCAAAUCUGGGAAGUUCACCAAACAGUGCAUGAGGUCGAAUGUGUCACCAAGUUGUGUGAACAACAGCUUGAACCUUGAAGCAUCUUUCGUCAUUGAGAAUCCAUACUAUCUGCUCUCGUCUUCUCUCUCCCCAGGUACCUUCUCUUCUAUCCCAAGGUCAAAUAGCAAAUACGAGUCCCUCGUGGAAGAUUCUUAAAUGUUGAGGUUCUUCUUCCUGGAUGAUAUCACUGGAUUUGAGAUCACCUAUCUUUUGGAGCUUCCAGAGCCAUUCAGUUUCAUUUUCACGUGGUUCGCUGCUUUGCCCUUCAUAUUGUGGCUAUCCUUUACAAUUACAAACGCUAUCAUUAAAGGUUUCUGAUCUUGAAGGGCCCCUGUCCGAACUGUGGAACAGAAAACACUUCCUUCUUUGGUACCAUAUUAUCUGUGUCUAGUGGAGGUAACACCAACAAAGUGAAAUGCGCAAAUUGUGGUACGGAUAUGGUCUAUGAUUCAGGCGCAUGCUUAAUCACAUUGCCGGAAGGAAGUAGUCCAUGAGUCUACCUACCUAUACUCUUUUAUUGUUACUUAAGGACGAUAACAUAAGAUGAUUAUUUUUUAACAGCAAACAAGUUAUCAUCUAUAUAUGUUCUAGCCAUGUCUUUAUUCAAACCAUUUAGCUUA